AUGAAGCUUGAGGAAGCAGUCAUUCAGCGUACCGAAAAAUCAGCCGGAAAAAUGCUCCGUGAACUUUUCACGUCGGUGGAGCUUGGAGACCAAACUCCGUCCCAGCUUAUGCGCCACAUGCGGUCGCUACUGGCUGGACGGCAAAUGGACGACGCCAUUUUCAGGGAGAUAUGGGUUGCUAAACUACCUCUUCCGAUGCAGCUGGUCCUGUCAAUGCUGGAACCCACUACUCCACUUGACAAGCUUGCGCAACACGCCAAUAGAAUAAUCAAAUGCUACCCGGCUGGUGGACCUUGCGUCCACAUGACAUCACCCGCCGAAACCACUCCGACGCACGAAUCCCCUACGGCAUUACCAGUUCCUGCCCCAGUUCGCCGUGCCGACGUUUCUCUCAGUCCUGAUUCCCCAUCCCAUCACUCGCAUAUCGAUGAGGACAUUACGGACCUAACAGAAACCGUUCGCAUGUUGUGCAAUCAGGUCAGUGCAAUGUGCAACGCUUUUACUACUCAUCGAUCUGUGUCCACCGAAGUACCUCAUCGACCUAGAUCACGGUCCAGAAACCGCCGAUUACAAACCUGGUGUUGGUACCACCGCACAUUCGGCUCCAAGGCACGCCGCUUCAAACGACCAGGCCAGCUAGUAACGGCGAUGACUUCAGCUGGCCCUCCACAUGAAAGUCGCCUAUUUUAUAUCGUUGACCGAUCCAGUGGUGUUCGAUUCCUUAUUGAUACCGGCGCCGAGAUCAGUGUAAUCCCCCCACCCAAACAGCACAGCCUCAAACCAUCUCACUUUACACUGCAAGCAGCAAACACAACAACUAUUGCUACAUUCGGCCAACGGACCAUCACUCCUGAUUCAGGCCUCCGACGCUCUUUUCAAUGGGUUUUCAUCCAGGCGGAUGUUCAGACUCCCAUUAUUGGCGCGGAUUUCCUCCCACAUUUUGGACUAACUGUGGACCUCAAAAAUCGCAAGCUGGUAGAUACCACAACCAAGCUUUGUGCAGCCGGCAUUGGUAAAUGCACCAACUCCCUGGGUAUUCGGCUGGCGAUCCCGCAAUCGCCGUUUGCUGACAUUUUGAAUGAGUUCCCAUCCCUCCCUAAACCCUCCACCUCUGUACACCAAAUCGAAUCUGAUUUACCAAGAUCAGUGUAG